UGUUUCAUCCCAAUAACUUAAAACCUAAUGCAAAAUACACAAAUAAUGUAAAAAAGUUUGUGUGCCACUGUUACUCACAGAUCAAAUGACCUAUCUAAAAUCAUAUGACUGAACGCACGUGAUUCCAAUAUUUACAGCAACAGUGAAACUUCCUGGCACUUUUAAAUACAUACGUUAAGUACAAUUCUGAUAAAUGUAGUUAAUGGUGUAGUGGUGCAGUACUAUGGCAUUAUUUCAUAAAUUGUUUUUUACAAGAAAAAAGUGCGAUAUCAAAUGUAACAAUAACGAUAUUAGUGACAACAUUUUUGAUUUUUCGAGUGAGCAGGUAAGAGUUGUUUUAUUCAAAGAAUGCGAUUACAGAGGAAGAAAGCUCUUAUUUGAUUCCCAAACCAUUGAGAAAAUAGAAAUUCCAAAAGGCAAUAAAAGUGGAAAUAAUUUAAAAAACGAGACACUUUAUGCAGAAAUUAACAGUGGAUAUGGUUUCAAGUUACAUAAGCCAUAUAGUGAUACAAGACUUCUCAGUGAAAUGAUUUUUGGAACAGUUUCUAUGAGCCACAGGGGAUCAUCAUUAAAAAUUCACUGUCUUCAGUCUCCUUCACGUAUGAUGUUUACUCAAAUAUUUCCUAGUCCAAAGAACAUUUCAAGGAAUCAAAAAUCAACAUCUAACACAAACAGUUCUGGUUUUUCAACUCAAAGUUUAGAUGGCUCAUUUCACUGUGAUGGGUCUGCUAGUGCAUGCAGUUCGAAUUCAAUGAGUGACAAUUCUGUUCAUAGUACAUGUUCAGAUACUGUUUUAAUAUGUAGAAGAAGUUCAGAAACUACUCCUUUAGAUGUCCCCAAUGUAUCUUCAUAUCACAGUAAGAGUUUAAGCCCUGGAGGAACAGGAGAUUCAGGAGUCAGUGGUUUUCAUAACUUCCAACCAAGUUUGAGUACAGAAGCAUCAUCCAUACCAUAUAAUAUGAUCAAUAAAGAUAGCAACAUAACUUUUUCUUGUGGUAGUUUAUACAAGAAAUACUUAAGAAGUACUAGUACUUCUUUGGAAAAUUCCAGUCAUUCAUUGAAUACUUGUGCAUCUGCAGAGGAAUAUCAUCCAAAAUCUCACUCUCGCAGUAACAACAAACUGGGAGUGGCACUGAUUGUCGAAUUAACAAGAGGGCAAGAAAAAAAAAUGGAACAAUUCUUGUUGGAACAUGCAGCUUUAAUGGAGUCCUUGAUUUGGAGCGCUAGACAAAUGACAGAAAUAGCGUACAUCAGAUAUCAACGUUUUUUUUCCAUAAUGAACCAGUUAACUUUAAAAAUCAAAAGCUGGCUGGUUAAGUUCUUGUCAGGGCCUCAUCUGUCUUCGAAUAUGUGGUUAGGCCUAUCUUCUACCGUCUGUGAUAAUAUGUAUAGUAUUCAACGUGAAAGUAAAAACAUUAGUUUUAAUUUGUGUGACUCCCAAAAAACACAUGUGAACAGUAAUUUACAAAGCAAGUGCUUUUGUGAUACUUACGAUUAUUCGAAAAAGAUGCAACACAGUAGUAGGACGUUCGAAUUUUCCGUGUUAAAUUGGACCGACUUCUUUAAAUAUGACUUCAACUUCAAUCAUACCAGAAACGAAAAUCGUUCUAAAAAUAAGAUUCUUGCUAAACAGUUUUUGAACGAUUUUUGUGAACUUUUAGAAAACGUUGAUGUGAAAGAUACCAAAUUUUUUGUCAGCACUCUUGUCACUGCCGUUUUAACUCAUCAUUUGGGAUGGGUAGCAACAGUUUUACCUGCAUCAUCAGAAGAAAAGAAGAAAAUUGACGAUCUUCAGUGUUCUUCAAACGCAUUGUGGGGCCAGUUGGCCGACCUAUAUGGUGCUGUAGGGAAUCCUACGAAAAUGUCCCACACAGUUAUUUCCGGAACAAACAAAGAACAUUUGAUGGAAAAAAUAUUGAAUUGUCUCUCUUACUUCGUGAGAUGUAAUGAUAUAGAAAGGAAAACAUUUUUAAGAAAGGACGUUAAGUUAGAUAAUAAAGAGGCCGAUAGAAUUUGCAUAGAAAGUUCUUUUAUACCAAAAGAAAACUACAAAAAAUACAAGGAUCACAUAAAGGAACUCGAAGAAAAUAAUGAAGAAUUCUUCAAAAAGCUUGAGUCAAAGAAAAACUUUUAUUUGAAAACGACAGUUGAAAAUAUUGAUAAUAAAAUUUGUAAUAACGAUGUGGAUAACAAAAGGCCAAACGAAAUAAAUUUAUCUGGUACUCGUAAUUGCUUCUUUGAACCACAGAAACCGUCCAAGUUGGUUGAAAAAAUUAAAAAUUUAGGGAUAGAAGCCAAAAGCUGUGGAAAUUCAAAUGAAGAUCAGAUUGAAGAUAAAUUAUUAUCAAGUUCAGAAGCUACUGAGGGAUUUCACAAAAUAUUUUUGCAAGUAUCGCGAUCCCAAACGUCUUCAAAUGAAAAAUCACAAAGCAGUUCUAGUAAUACGUUAACCCCGCCAAGAUCGGGUAAUAGUACAACAAAUCACCUUGACUUAUCAGUUAGCAGUUCAACUGCUUCUAAACUAAAAGAAAAAUCCCAGCUGUGUCCUUCUACAGUAUCAAAGUCUAAUAGUUUGAAAAGAACAAAGACCAAAGCAGUCAUUGACGCGUCAGCUUUUGAUUGUAAAGAUUACCAAGAAAAUUCUGCAUCGCCAGAGCAGGAAGUAGUGUUUGUCUUAGGAGACAAUGAAAAGUUGGUGGGAAUCAAAAGAGAACUAAGUGCUAGGAAUUUAAAUAAAAUAGAAACUGAUACUAGAAAUGUUAAAACAGGAGAACUUCCCAAUAAACGUUUCCUGAACAGUGCCAUGGAAAAAGAAUUUUUGAAUAAUUCCGUAUUCCAAGACGCAGAUUUUAUAAAAAAUGGAAAUGGUAAUUUAAAAUCAAGUUCGUCUUUGGAGUCAAUAACAAAAGCUUGCAAAGAAGAAACCAAAAAGCCUUUGUCUGAAAGCAAAGAUAAGGACUUGAGCCGUUCUCAAAGUGUUCCACCUGAAGAUAAAAUGAUAAAGAAAAAUAAGGAGACUAAAGAACAGACCAAUAAGUGUCGCUACAGAUAUUCUGGAGUGAAGUUCAAUUUUUAUCAAUAUCCCCAGAUUGUAGAAAACUAUUUGAGGAGCAAAAAUAUCGAAAUGUCUCAUUUACCUUUCGCUAAAGACGUGACAACACUAUUAGAUGAUUAUAAAUUCGAUUUUACCACUUGUGAAAGUGAUGAUGAAGAAAUGGAAACAUUGCAAACACCUUCGAACGCUUCUGAUGUUGUGUCAUUCAGUGAAUUAUCAAAUACUCCUAAGCAAAGUUGCACUAAGCAAAUUGGUAGUCAAAAAUCAAAAACAAUUCUCGAAAGUGAUUUACCGACAAAAAGUCAUUGUAUAGAUUUGUCUAAAAGAGAUGAAAACAUUCCAAGAAAUGUCUCAACUACAUUACAAGAUUUUCAGGAAGUAAAGUCGUUAAAAAUGCAGAAAUUUCCUGGGAAGACGACAGAGAAUAACAUUCCAGAAAGUAGCAUAAAUUUAAUGCCGUCUGCAAGUGGAGAUUGUAAUGUAUUGUUUGAUCAAGAGGAAACCGAUUCCAUUUUAUCAAAAGAAGGAAAACCUGACAAAGUGGCAUUAAAUAAAAACCUGGAAAUAAUAGAAUUGCCGAUGCCCAAUUCUUUGGUUUUGUCCCCAUUGGAGAAACCUGUAGGUUACACGAGUUCCUUAAUGAGGGGUGUUGGAGAAAACUAUAUCUCUAACAUGGUGUUACAAGGCACCUCCGCACCUAAAAUUGAAUGGGAAUCGAUGUUGAAACAAGACUUGAUCCUUUGUACUCGGCAUCCGUUACUUGAUCAACCAAUAGACGAGGCCGUUGCCAUUGUGGCAAACACUGAUACAUGGGACGUCCAGUUAUUGUCUAGUCAUACGUAUAUAGUGGAUAAGGGAUCGUCAGGGGUAAGAGUGGGGAUGUCUCAACUUGUUUCCAAUAUGCUAGAAUCGUUACUGCAACUUUGGAAGCAGAAUGCUUCACCUGAACAUUGCCUUAUUUAUAUAGAACAAAAACUGCAAGAAUUCUGCGUUCUCUCUAAGGCAUUGGCUGAACUUUUAUUGGAGACUGAGUUUUGUAGCAUGGAACUGUUAACUUCAACUUUACAUUUAGAAGUUAACGAUGUCCCUCUUCUUAUGGCUGUUGCCUCGACCCAUUCGCCUCAAGUUACAGAAAAAUAUGGACUUAGUUUCCAAUAAGUUUUACUUAUAUGUAGUACCAUCAUCACAUUUUCUUUUCCUUACUGAAAGCAUUUACUGUGACCUACACAAAUAAGUGGAAAGUGUGAAAUGUUAAUUCUACGACGUGUGAGAAAAUAUUGUGAUUUAUUAUUUUAUUUUAUGUUACAUUAUCUUUUAAUUAUUCUGUGAUAAUUAUUCUCCACUUUUUAAAAUCAAAAUUUCCAGUAAUUUAUAGCGAUGUCUUAUUUAAACUUUGAUUUAUUCCUUUGUUAAUUGUAAAUAUUCGAAACUAUUAUGAGUAGAUAAGGUAGUGCAUACAUUUUUGUAUUUUUAAACCGAAAUAUCUUUUAUUUUAAUACUUAUUGUGUUAUUUUUGUUUAUUUAAUUAUACAGUAUACAUGUACGUGUACUACCAUGUUCCAAAAAAUUAUAGUCAUUAAAUAAGAUUAUUGAUUAUUAAUUAUUAGAUAUAUAUUUUAUAUAAGGGGUUAAGUUUGAAAAAAUAAGUCAAGUACGAUGUUUUUGUACUUACACGUUUUAAUUAUAAGAAAUCGUUAAAAAAUUACUCGGUGACGCAUUUGUACUCUUUUUUUUAAUAAAAUAUUUAAAACCAA